AUGCAUCCAAAUCAGGGCAAAACAGGAAGCAUCGUCGAGUACGAGGAAGUGAUCGAUCGUCAGCGCAGACUGUUGGAUAUCGUUUUGAAUCCUGAAAUAAAGUUACACAGGACAGAGCUCCCACAGCAACAUGUGUGUAAGGAGGAGGAGGUUGUCCCUGAGCAGCAGCUCUGUAUUGAGGAGAGGAAGUCCAGUGUGGACCAAGAGGAGCCAGAGCCUCCAGAGAUUAAAGAGGAAGAGGAGGAAGUGUGCAGCAGUCAGGAGGGAGAGCAGCUUGUAGUGAAGCAGGAGACUGAUGGCUUUAUGUUGACUCCUGCUGAUGAGGAAAGUGAGCAGAGUGAAGAUCAGACUCUGGACUUCAUUCAUGAUGACACUCAAAGUGCAGCAAAGAAAGAUUCUGUAUUUAAAAUGCCAGUUAUAAGCUCUGUGAUACCAAACGGUGAGCACCAGCUGCUCUGUUACAACUCUCAUGUAGCUGAGAGCCAAGAUGAGGAAGAAUACCAGCAUGGAGACUCAGGAUCAACUAGAAACACAGAGCUUCAAGCAGAGAAAAGACAUCAUGAAAGUGAAAUGAACAGUAACAGUCCACACACCUCUGCUGUGAUAAACUUAAAUACAGGUAAAAAGCCUUUAAAAUGUGACAUAUGUGGGAAAGUUUUUGAGUGCAAGUCAAAAUUGCAGAGACACCUGAACAGCCACACAGGUGAGAAGCAGUUUUCUUGCAAAACAUGUGGGAAAAAAUUCAGUGACACAUCAGCACUGAGCGCUCAUAUAAGAACCUGCAAGACCUGCAGGAAAAGAUUCAAUGAGAAGUCAGUAUUGAAAAGGCAUUGUAGAAUCCACACAGGUGAGAAGCCACAUACUUGUGACGUAUGUGGGAGAGCUUUUGGACGUAAUGGUCACUUGUUAGUCCACAUGAGGACUCACACAGGUGAGAAGCCAUAUACUUGUGAAGUAUGUGGGAGAGCUUUUGGACGUAACAGUAUCUUGUUAGCCCACAUGAGGACUCACACAGGUGAGAAGCCGUAUAUUUGUAAAGUAUGUGGGAGAGCUUUCAGACACGAUGGUCACUUGUUAGUCCACAUGAGGACUCACACAGGUGAGAAGCCGUAUACUUGUAAUGUAUGUGGGAGAGCUUUCAGUCGUAAUGGUCACUUGUUAGACCACAUGAGGACUCAUUCUGGGGAGAAGCCGUAUACUUGCAAAACAUGUGGGAAACACUUCAGAUAUAGCAAUAACUUGACAGUCCACAUGAGAACGCACGCAGGUGUAAAGGUGCAUGACUUGAGCACAGAGGUUCCAGUUUAAGUCACACAUAUACAGGAGAGAGACUGUUUACAUGCAAAACAUGUGGCAGAGCUUUCAGAGGCCUGUUCCAUAAAGCAUGCUAAGAAAAGUGGGGAGUGAAGUCCAAAUCCUGAAUUUUAAUUGAAAUUGCAGGUCUGGAAAAGUUCAACUAGUGAGAUAAAGAACAAAAGGAGGAGACUGCUUUAAAGUUUGAAUGAAUUUUAUACUUGCAAGAGUCAUGGAAAACCUGGAAAAGUCAUGAAAUUAGUCAAAAUCAUUAUAAGUCACAGAACUUGUUUGUGUAUAGUGAAAUUAUUAGAGUGAUCUUCAGUGGAUAACCCUCCGUAUAAUGUAACAUAAUGGCAAAUUCAUUUUCUGUAGCUGGUGUCUUAAUGUAGCUUUAAUAUGCGUCGAUGUGUGACAAUGUUUGUUUACCAUCAGGUGUGUUUUGUCAUUUUCUCCCUCAGUUUGUCUCUCCCUUCCUGUGUGCCAAUUAUGUUUACAUAGAGUUUGAAUCUGAUGUUUGAAAAACGGCGGGCAAGUGGGGAAAGAAAAAGAAAAUUCUUCAUGAAGAGUCCUUGAAAAGUCAUGAAAAAGUUUGGAAAUAUUGUCCAUGAAAAU